UUCAUCGGCGGGGUCAUUAUUGCCUUGCAAUUAUUAAUGAUAGUUUACUUGGUCAUCAUUAUAGAUAAAUCUUCAUUGCCAGAGCGCGGGCAAGAAAUUUCAAAUCUUACUAACUUACCAAUAUGGAUUAAUGUUCCCUGUCCAAGCCUGCAACCUGAGGUCAAAAGGACUUGGUUGGAAUAUGUCUCAGCUUUUUUCACCGGCGUGGCAAGCUUGGCAUGUAUACAACGUAUAAGAAAAGUAAAUAAAAAGAAUAGAACAAAUAUACCCACAUGGGACACUGUCGUCGACGCCGUCAAUAGAUCUAUCACCUCUAGCAAACCUAUCGACCGGUCUAUGUUCGACAUUAUUAUUACCGUUUACGUCACCAUCACAUUUUUUGCUCUGGCUGUAGGAUUGGUCUUUAGUGUAGGAAAAUUGUGGGCAAUUUUCGGAAUAUUUCAUAAUGUUAUGGAAGUUUUCAUCGUAUCCGCGUUAUUGCGUAUGACAAGAGUCAAUUACGUUAUCUUGAUCACAUUGAUUUAUUCAGUGGUUUCCACAGGGGCCUUUAGUCAGUUGCCCUGGUAUUGGGAUGCGAUGUUUUUCAAAUUUCAAGGUUUGAUUCUGGAUUUUAUGAUACCAGUCCUCUUCUCCAUUGUGGCAUAUCAAAAUCAUGUUCAAUCAGACGAAGAGAGCCAGCCACUUAUUGAUACGAACUCGACUAACUCCCGUCUAAAGGGCCUAGGAUACUUGGUCUUUGCCGCUUUUGUUCAUCUCAUUGGAAAUAUAUCUGAUGUAGUUGGCAAUGAUUCCAGUAUAUCGAUUACUGUUUUUAAUUUGUCAUAUUUUGUCGCCUUUCCGAUAUACGCCUAUUACGUGUAUAAAGAUAAAACAGAUAAAGAUAAUUCUGUGAAACCCAUUCAAGCUAAUAUAACUGUUUUUGACUUUGUCCUGUUAUUCUUGUGGGGUACUACUGCUAGUGGCAUUAGCACUUUGAUUGGAAUAAAAGAGCUUAGGUGUACAUAAAUUGUAAUACUCGAAUCUUAUAACGAAAUUUAUCCCAGUUGAUCGCGUGAUUACCAUUAAUGUAAAGUAAAUAUCUGCAUAUUGCGUAUGAAGCAUAUGUAUUAAAGUAUAUAGUGUCCAUGUAAUUUGUACAGUGGCUUAGUUCACGUUGAAUAUAAAAAUAAAAAUAAAAAUAAAAUCAUAUAACGAUUAUAUAAAUUAUUUAUAUAAAUAAAGAACACAAGAAACCAAGUGAAA